AUGUUUCGCUUGCCGAAAGAUAUCCCACGAGCUACCCUAGCAGGCGCCGUGAUUUGUAUCACUAUUUCCGGUACUCUUUUUGGCGCCUCACAGAAAUCUCAACACCAACUCCAACAGAAAGUACAAGAACAAAAGGCACUUGAGCCGACGAUCGAUGAGCGAAUCAACGGGCUCAGAGGCAUGCGAGAGAACUUGAUGGCCAAAAAGGAACUCGUGGAAAAGCAGCUUCAAAAUCUGGAAGCUAAGAUUGAAGAAAGAACCCGGAAACAGCCCAGUGAGCCGAAAAAGGAGCCGCCUCACAGUAGGUGA